GUCUGCACGCGGUGAGAGGAACGAUGAGGAAGUUAUGGCCUAAUCAUGUUUUUUUCAAGCUGUUUAAUUUUGUGGGGUUUCCAUAGGCAGGACUCGCUAACGGAGAGGAGGAUCCCACAGCUGCAGCGGGAGGUCGAGGGUGGCGACUGGCUGGGGCGUGGUGCGGUGCGCUCCGCUCGGGUGUCUGCCACGGUUGGCAUGGCGCCGCGUGGUGCGCGAGCGUCGCCGCCGCUUAUUAGAAUUCAGCGCAACCACGAGGGGCCGCGGAGCGCCGAUCGGAGAUGCUUGCGCCGGGGCCCUGAACAUGGGGAGGCCACAGCUGAAGGGCGCGCCUUCACUUCUGGGCUAAAACCGAAGACGCGCCCGCGGGGAUGCUUCGCCCCGCUUCGAAGAGGGCCCGGGCGCGUGUGGUUCUUGUCAUAUUCUUGCGGGUAGCCCUACCAGACAGGCACAACUGUGGAGACAGCACGACGCGGGCCCCGGCUGGGAAAAAGUUGCAACGGCGCCGGCAGCUGAGGACCAGCGAAGCGCGGGGGAGCUUGCGUGCUGUGCAGGCUGUGCGGAGUUGCGGGGCACGUGGCCGGUCUUGACGCCUGCCAAAGGUCGCGCUUGGUCGGAUGAAGGAACGCCGCGGCAGGGGCUCGGCAGCGUUUUGCAUGCUGGCAACGUGUUGGGCGAAGGACGGCCAAAAAAAUCCAAGAGAGCACGCGAGAGAAUUCCUCCGCAUGUGCCGCCAGUGAUAGCACAGAGCCGGCCUGCAGGGAUGGACUGGCAGCGGCAGGGGGGGCUGGUAGUGGGAUUAUCUGGCUGCUUAGUAAUUCACCUCGGAGGUAGGUGCGACAGGCUGGCUGCUCUCCUUUGCUGUGGGCGGGAUACAGCUCUCUUGGCUGUUCUUGCGUCUCAGAAAGUCCACUAAGGACGUGCCCACUUGUCUCAAAGUCAUGCGCCUGCGGCGUCAGGCGAUGGCUGGCGGCCUGUGGCUUCUGGUCAGUCCAUUCUGGACGUGGUGCAGUCAAAUCAUGAAGCUGGCGGGAGAGGCUCACGGAGUCGCAACACCAGCGACCAAAAUGGCCCCGCUCUCUCGUGGGUAGUUCCCUCAUUUGAAGCGCCAGCGCUGUGCGCCAGCUUUCUGAAUGCUAUCCAGGCGGCGACUGCGACUGGUGGGGCUGAUGACGUGCCUACACUUACUUCGAUCGCGAUGCGGGGCCGCGCUGCGUUCGCGAUUCGCAUGCGGGCCGCACGCCUUGGCAGUGUGCGUCUGGCGCUGCCUGGUUUGUGAGCCUUCAGGUGAUUUGUUAGGUGGGGAGGCGAGUCGGAUGGUUCUGGCGCCACAUGCCAGCCUGCGGGGACCUCGCUAGGCUAUGUUGGUAUGGGCGGCACCAGUGCGCAAACGCAGUUGCAGGCUGAGCAGGGUCGCCAGCGGACGCGGGUGAUGACAGCCAGGGCGCAAACAGUUCGCCUGAGAAUGAAGGAACGCCGCUAGACAGUUGAGGCGCACGGGUGACGAGAAGCUCGCAGCGCUGAACAUCUUGCGCCCACAGCGUUGCAAGCCGAAUGCGUUUGAGUUCGGCGGGCUUGGUUCUAUCAGUCAAUUAUGAGCAUCACCGCGCUGCCCGCCUUGUUUGUUUUUGAUUGUUUGCGUACUACUAGCGCCAAUCCUUUGAGGCUCAGUUAGGCGUCUUCUCCUCCUCUAAGCAACCUAUCGGCAGAAGUUGGCCGCGGUGGCACCUUAACGCAAACCGAAAUAGAUGUUGGCUUCACUGAUGUUCCUGCCGUUCGCGGGAGUGCGACAGAACUUGCAUUAUUUCUAGCAGAAGCAAAAGCUGACGGCUUUAAAAACAACUUCGGGAUGCCUUCACUCACAAGAAGUGUCGUGUCUACAUCCGUUUCCCAAACUCAAGUCUCGGAUUUACUAAAGGCUCUAGUAGUCGCUGCCAAUAUGAUGAACAAAUCCUCGACGCUUCAUCAUCUUCGGGAUACCACAACAAGUAUGACACUUCUAGAUGCAGAAGAAGUACCGGGAUACCUACAGUGGCUCCGCCUCGUUGCAUUGGCCAUAGCAGAAAACCAAAACGUGACGCGUUUAGUGCCUGGUGAGGAGCUUCUGCGACUUGCCACUACUUUGGUAGACGCACAGCCUGACGUGGCAGAGAAGAUCAUUCAAAAUCUCUUGGACAGUGGCGCAGCCACCCGGAUGGGCAUGAAGUUUGAAGCUUUAACUGAACUAGCAGACCUACAUGAGAAGCGCGCGCAGCACAAAAAUUCGAGAUUAGAUGGCGGUGAAAGCAGCACCAAAGCUUUUACAAGUAGUACCUCAAGGGCAACGGCCUCCUCUUCUGCGGAAGGAGCGAUUCAAGAUCAUGCUAGAACUACCACAAAGAGAGAGAAGAACAUCUUUGCUUCGUCAGCGGCAGAAGGAGGCGAGUCAAGGCAAGAAGCCUUUGCGAAGUUGUAUCUUUCUUUGAUUAAGGCAGAUUGUGUAUGGUCACAAAGAAACUGUUCGAAUCAUCAAGCAACAGAGUUUAUUAUUUCGUUGGAGCUUUGGUAGCUUAGAGUGAGAUGAAGCGAAGCUCUAACCUCACUCGCGAAGACGUGUCAAACCUCAAGACCGCAGAAACAGUGCAUUUCGUGAAGCAACGGAGUAUGUUGAGCCAAGAUCUAUUACGAAGUGCGGGUGUCCACGAAGCACACAAGGACUUGCUACGUCGCGCGAGCAGCACAGGAAGCGAUUACAUGACUAAACAGGCACUGCAAAGAGGUUUCCAACUAGGCG